AUGGCUGCGAACGCCUCGGCCGUCUUUGACCUCCCACCAUUGCCAACUUACACUUUGUCUGCGCGGGAGCCGCUUCUUCCGCCCAUUCCCGACAAUGUCCUGGCCUUGAUACUGCCGAUUAUCGCCUACUGGGGAUUGUCUAUGGUCUACCACUUCAUCGAUGUCAAUGGCUACUUUGAGCAAUACCGCCUGCAUACUCCGGCUGAAGUCCUCAAGCGUAACAAAGUUACACGAUGGGAAGUCGUUCGCGAUGUGGUACUUCAACAAAUUAUCCAGACGAUCGCCGGAUAUGCGAUGUCCUACUUUGAUGCGGUGGAGGUGGUAGGUCGAGAGGACUACGAUGUGGCUGUGUGGGCUACGCGUCUGCGUCUCCUCCAGACGGUCAUCCCCUCAACACUCGGAUUUGUGGGGGUAGAUGCCCUCGGUCUGUCGGAAUCCUUGUACCACAGCGGCCACUCGGUGCUCGCCGGUGUGCUCGCAGGGGGAUCCUACCGGAACUUGGUGCAAUCCAUGGUUUUGGACAACGGAGUGGAGGUGGUUGCUCCUGCAUUUGCAAGCUGGGAGCUCUCAGUCGCCAGCAUCAUCUAUUGGUACCUGAUUCCUGGCCUCCAAUUCGCGCUCGCCGUGUCGAUUCUGGAUACUUGGCAAUAUUUCCUCCACAGAGCGAUGCACCUCAACCGUUGGCUCUAUGUAACCUUCCACUCCCGCCAUCAUCGUCUCUAUGUCCCGUAUGCCUUCGGUGCUCUCUACAACCACCCAGUUGAAGGAUUCCUUUUGGACACUUUGGGUACAGGCGUUGGCUAUCUGGUCUCGGGGAUGACUAGCCGUCAGAGCAUGAUGUUCUUCACAUUCUCCACCAUCAAAACGGUUGAUGACCAUUGCGGCUACGCUUUCCCCUGGGACCCUCUGCAGCACGUUACCUCUAACAAUGCCGCGUAUCAUGACAUUCACCAUCAAAGCUGGGGUAUCAAGACCAACUUUUCUCAGCCGUUCUUCACUUUCUGGGACCGCCUUCUCAAUACUCAAUGGAAGGGCGAAACUAAAUUGCGCUAUGAGCGAGCGCGAGAGAACGCUCAAAAGCAGUUGGAGGCGGACAUCGUUCAAGCUCAGAACGAGACCUCAAUCUCGGCCCCUUCUCUGGAACGUGAACGCGACAGGGUUGUGGUGUCCCUCGACGGACCCGCAACAAGGACUCGCUUUCGACGGAAGACAGUGGACAGCCUAAAGGGCCCCAGUCACGCAGUCCCUGGCAGCGUGCUCCACAAGUAA